CCGCGCUCUGAACCCGCGGACACCUCGCUCCCCGCCGCGCUCCGACGCUGUCCGCCCUCGGCUGCCCCGAAAACGCCGCUCCCUCGGCUGAAGCCAUGCCCUGUGUUCAGGCUCAGUAUGGGUCCUCGCCUCAAGGAGCCAGCCCGGCCUCCCAGAGCUACAGCUACCACUCCUCGGGAGAAUACAGCUCCGAUUUCCUAACUCCGGAGUUCGUCAAGUUUAGCAUGGACCUCACCAACACCGAAAUCACCGCCACCACUUCUCUCCCCAGCUUCAGUACCUUUAUGGACAACUACAACACGAGCUACGACGUGAAGCCCCCCUGCUUGUACCAAAUGCCCCUGUCCGGACAGCAGUCCUCCAUUAAGGUGGAAGACAUUCAGAUGCACGGCUACCAGCAGCACGGCCACCUGCCCCCCCAGUCCGAGGAGAUGAUGUCCCACUCGGGCUCCGUCUACUACAAGCCCUCGUCGCCCCCGACCCCCUCCACGCCCGGCUUCCAGGUGCAGCACGGCCCCGUGUGGGACGACCCCGGCUCCCUGCACAACUUCCACCCCAACUACGUGGCCACCACGCACAUGAUCGAGCAGCGCAAAACGCCCGUGUCCCGCCUGUCCCUGUUCUCCUUCAAGCAGUCUCCGCCGGGCACGCCCGUGUCCAGCUGCCAGAUGCGCUUCGACGGCCCCCUGCACGUGCCCAUGAACCCCGAGGCGGCCGGGCCGCACCACGGCGUGGACGGGCAGGCGUUCGCCGUGCCCAACCCCAUCCGCAAGCAGCCCUCCAUGGCCUUCCCCGGGCUGCAGCUGGGCCACGGCGGGCCGCAGCUCCUGGACAGCCAGGUGCCCUCGCCUCCCUCGCGGGGCUCCCCGUCCAACGAGGGGCUGUGCGCCGUGUGCGGGGACAACGCGGCCUGCCAGCACUACGGCGUGCGCACCUGCGAGGGCUGCAAGGGCUUCUUCAAGCGCACGGUGCAGAAGAACGCCAAGUACGUGUGUCUGGCCAACAAGAACUGCCCGGUGGACAAGCGCCGCCGCAACCGCUGCCAGUACUGCCGCUUCCAGAAGUGCCUGGCCGUCGGCAUGGUCAAGGAGGGUGAGUGUCCGUGUGUCUGUGUGUGUCCGUGUGUCCCCGUGUCUGUGUGUGUCCCCCCCCACCGGCACCGCCCCGGGAUCGGGCCCCCCGCGCACGGAGAGCGCCGGCCUCGGAGCGCCGUGCCUAAUCGAAUUAAUUGCCCCGGAACAUCUAAUUUCCUCACCGUGCUUUUUAAAAUGAAUUUCCAGUUCCAGGCUAACCCCGACUACCAGCUGAGCGGUGACGACACCCAACACAUCCAGCAGUUCUACGAUCUCCUGACCGGCUCCAUGGAGAUCAUCCGAGGGUGGGCGGAAAAAAUCCCCGGCUUCACUGACCUCCCCAAAACGGACCAGGACCUGCUCUUCGAGUCUGCCUUCCUGGAGCUGUUCGUGCUGCGGCUGGCGUACAGGUCCAACCCCGUGGAGGGGAAGCUGAUCUUCUGCAACGGGGUGGUCCUGCACCGGUUGCAGUGCGUCCGUGGCUUUGGGGAGUGGAUCGAUUCCAUCGUGGAGUUUUCCUCCAACUUGCAAAACAUGAACAUUGACAUCUCUGCCUUCUCUUGCAUCGCUGCCCUGGCCAUGGUGACAGAGAGGCACGGGCUUAAGGAACCCAAGAGGGUGGAAGAGCUUCAGAACAAGAUUGUAAAUUGUCUCAAAGACCACGUGACUUUCAAUAACGGGGGGCUGAAUCGCCCCAACUAUUUGUCCAAACUCUUGGGGAAGCUCCCCGAACUCCGCACGCUUUGCACACAGGGGCUGCAGCGCAUUUUCUACCUGAAACUGGAAGAUUUGGUGCCACCGCCAGCAAUAAUUGACAAACUUUUUCUGGACACUUUACCUUUUUAAGACUCUUCCCGUGCGCUUCCACUGACCCGAGGAGAAGCUCCAGCUGCCUGAAGGGGAGCUGGGCUGGGCCCAGAGCAGCACCCCUGGGUGCCAGCUCCCACCCAGCCAGUGUUGCAAACUCCUGCAGGCAGAACGCGAUGGGCAUUUUGGCUCUGGGGCAUCAUGGAUGCAGCUCAUGGACUACACAAACACCAUGGUAUAAACUUUUUAUUAUCGGCUUCUAAAUGAAUUUAUUAUUAAGGACUUCUGGUGGAAAGACGAGCCUGGCUGGCAACGCCGGGCGCGCGGCUCAGACUCGUGCGCUGACAAACCGAGCCUUGAGGUGACCCACAAGUCUCACCCUCCUAAAGACUAAAGUUUUCUGCUGUAAAAGAAAGCUGUAAUAUACCCAAACCCCAAACGUUGCGUGGCUGGCGUGGCAUUAAUGAAGGCGAAGGCUUGUAAAUUUAUCAGAUGCAGUUUGGCUCUUUAAAAAAAAAAAUAAAUUAUUCUGUGCCUAUUUAUGAUGAAACAUGGAAAACAAUUCUAAAAAAACAAAAAAAAUAUCAAAAAUUAAAGCUAAAUGUGUUUGGAAAAAAAAAUAAAUUAAAAACAAAAAAAGGAGAAUUAAAAAAAAAAAAUAAAAAAAAGAAAACCCAAUCUGUCCAUACCAGGGAAGCAUGACGAUUCCAGGGUGACAAUGUUAUAGGCACUUGCUAUUUCAGUAAUGUCUAUAUUCUAUAAAUAGUAUUUCAGACACUAUGUAGUCUGGUAGCUUUUAUAAAAGACUGGUAGUUAUCUAAGCUUCAAACAUUUUCUCAAUUGUAAAAUAGGUGGGCACAAGUGUUACCCCCCGGAAUUCCCCCCCAAAGGGACACAUAGUGUUUGUAAACACCGCCCGACACCCCUUGUUUGUAAGUGUUGUACGUACUGUUGAUGUUGAUUAAAGAAGAAGUUUAUAUCUUGAUUAUUUUGUUGUCUAAAGCUAAACAGAUCUUGCAUGCAGCAGCUUUUUGACUGUUUCCAGAGUGCUUAUACUAUACAUAACUCCCUGGAAAUUACUGAGCACUUUGAAUUUUUGGUUUGUUUUGUUCCGUUUGUUUGGUUUUUUUUAUGUCUAAAAAUUGUCGGUUAAUAUAUUAUUUUAUGUUCGAGUAAUAUUUUUAAUAUUGCCAUAUUCUGUAGUAUUUUUCUUUGUAUACCCCGGUUUGGCACACGGGAAAGUCGCUGCCUUUUUUUAAUAUGGUGUACGACAGUUAGAAACGCGGAUUAUUAUUAUUAUAAUUAUUAUUAUUAUUUUUUCUCCCGAGAACUCUUUCUUUGAGAAAGACAAUUUUAAUGUUUACAACAAUAAAACGCGUAAACGAAUCGAA